AUGAGCGGAAAAAUCGUCCGUGCCCUCAACUGGGAUAUAGGAUAUGAACAACGCUUUCUCGCAGUGAACCCCUUGGGUGAUGAAGUCAUUCUAUAUAAAACAGACGAAGAAAAUACCGUCCAGAAUGCAGAGAAUAUGGUGAAGUUACACUCCCACUCGGGUAUCGAACACAUCCAGUGCCUUGGGUACCUGAGAAGCCAUCCAGGAUGGACUGGUGUUGGGACAAUGGAUGGAAAUGUUCACAUUUUUGAUGUUACCAAAACAGAGUCCACUAUGUUGAAGCUACGGUCCAAACAACAUAGACCAUGCAACUCAUUGUCAUUUAACAACGGCGCAUUGGUUGCAGCAUGUUUCGAUAAAAGCCGACAGGAUAACUCCCUUCAAGUGUGGGACGUGGCAAAACACGCUCAGGUUUUUGCAAAUUCCAUGGACGAUGAUGGACAGAUAAUCAGACCGCAUUACUCAUACCUCGCUAACGAGGCUACGCUCUCCACGGUGUUUGUUGGCAAUGAAGGUAUGAACUUAAUGGCUGGUGGGUACAAGCUUCUUCGGGAGUUUGAUUUGCGAGAAUCAAGCACCACGCCCAUUUACCAAGUGGCCACGAAGCUGACGAUGGAAAUCACAUUGGAUCCUUUCCAGCCGCACUUGUUUUCGUCGUUAAGUGACGACGGCUCUGUAUCAAUUUGGGAUAGGAGAAAGCUUGUUGGGAAAUCGAAAGGCUCUGUCACUUCAGAGUCCCCUGUUCUACACUUUUCUAAGCUAUUAAGUGACCUGCUGCGGAGAAGCAAUGCAAUGUGCUUCAGGUACUCUACAAUACGGAGAGGUGAGUUUGCGUCCGUGUUCAAUGGAACUUUAAUACGACGCUGGAAUACCGGUGUGGUCCCACCUAUGAAGAAUACCCUGAGCUUGCCCACUUUCUCCUCAAACGACACCCUUUCCUCCUUAAAGUCACAAUCACUACAAUUGUACAAUCCACAUGAAGAGUCCUUGUUUGUUGCGUUGGUUCUUGACCUGAAAACAGACUCCCCAAGGGUAGUAUCCUUUGAUUACUCUCCUGACUAUGAUUCAUCGACGUCCACAUACUUCGUUUGCAUGAGAGAGAAGGGCCUGGUUUUCAGAAUGCCUGUCGUUGAAAGUAUAGAGUCACUUGACUUUAAUUGCUACAAUGAGUUCUCUAUGGCAGGACCAGAGGGAACCGUAACGAAGCUUUUGGAUGAUAGCAGCAUAGAAGAUCAGAAUCUCAUACCUAACCAGACAGAGCAACGUAAAAAUCUGAAAUUCACCGCAAAACACGACUAUCUGGAAGAAGAAGCCUCGACAAUGGGUGAUGGCGAUAGUACUGGACCCAUCACAACAACUGCAACUCCAGCUCUCAGCGACCUGCCUUUGGACAUAAUAAAGUUCGAAGAGGAAGAUGAUGUUCCAUUACAGAAGAUGUUGGAUCUCUCAAGCGUUCUUUCCAAUGACAUUUGCGGAUUGAUUCGCCAAAGAGCUCUUCUAGGCUAUGGGGUUGAUGCGGAGAGAAAUCCUUCAGUAUUGGAGCUGGUAAAAGGAUUGCAAACUCCUCUACUGAUAAUGAACACCUGGAAAUGGCUCAACUUAGCUAAGAAAUCUCUUGAUAAGGGAACAAUGAUCAGUGAAGGCGUAGACUUGGGCUACAUUGGUGUCUUGGGUGUUUGGAAGGGUGUAGACGACAUCAAAGGACAAAAAAGGGCAACCCUUAAGCAGCAAGUCACUGAGCAGCAGUUCAACAAUGCUGUCAAGGCAAUUGUCUCUAAGAAAGGCGAGAAAUCCUCAGGUAUCAGCAUUUACAGUACUAGUGAUCGCAAAAUUCAGAGAAAGCUCUGUUUGAUAGUCAGUGGCUGGUAUCUCACAGAGCACGAGUUUGACGAAAAGCUCAAUUACCUUAUCAAAAUUGGCGAGGUAGAGAAGGCAGCUGCAUGGGCUGUAUUUCAUAACAACGUACCUCGUGCCAUCGAGAUACUUGCACAAUCGAAGAAAGAAAGGCUUCAGUUGAUGUCGACCGCUGUUGCUGGCUACUUGGCGUACAAGGACUCUAACUCGAACCUGCCAUGGAAUGACCAAUGUCGAAAGCUCGCGCUGGAGUUAGAUCAUCCAUACCUUCGAGCCAUAUUUGCGUUCAUUGCUGACAAUGAUUGGUGGGAUGUUUUAGAUGAGCAUGCUUUACCUCUCAAAGAAAGAAUAGGAAUCGCGUUGCGGUUCUUAUCAGACAAGGAUUUGAACAUUUACUUGAACAGAGUUGCAGAUACUGUCGUCCUUCGAGGAGAGCUUGAGGGAUUGAUUCUCACAGGACUCACGCCUAGAGGCAUUGAACUUCUUCAAUCCUUUGUGAACAGAACAUCCGAUGUGCAAACAGCCGCCUUGAUUGCUCAAUUCGCUGUUCCUCGAUAUUUCAAAGACCAGCGUGUUGAUCACUGGAUAGACAGUUACCGCAAUUUGCUCAAUUCUUGGGGCUUGUUCAAGACGCGAGCUCUCUUUGACGUUGCCCGUACUAAACUGUCAAAGACUUUUAAUGGAGUAGCGACCAUUCGACCACCUCCACGUCAAGUUUACUUGCAAUGUCCCAGAUGCAAUAAAAAUAUGGGGACGCCAGCAAAAUCGUCGAAGGGAAACAACCAGUCGAUAUUGAAGCAAUUUAAUAGGCUUUCUAUGAAGAAUCCAAUUGCUGACUCUAAACUGUGUCCCCAUUGUGGGUCGCCGCUUCCCAGGUGUGCAAUUUGUCUAUUAAAUUUAGCCACGCCAAUUCCUAGAGGCGUUGCUCAGGAUCCCGAGGACGAUAUUAGGCAACAGACGCUCGACAACUUCAAGAACAAACUCAGCUUCUGCUUGACGUGCCAUCAUGGGUAUCAUGCCCAGCAUGCAGAGGAGUGGUUUCUGAAGCACUACGUGUGUCCCGUGCCUGACUGCAACUGCCUUUGCAACAGCAAGUAG